AUAACGCGGUGUGCGGGCUGGUUUUCCGCACACGGACUGUCCUCGCUGUCCUAUGAAUCAUUCAUUCUUCUGCUACAUCACUCAGCUCCUCGAACCGUGAAAAUGGCGGCCCGGACUAUGCAGGCGGCACGAUGCCCAACGGACGAGCUGUCGUUGACUAAUUGCGCCGUGGUGAACGAGAAGGAUCUGCAGUCAGGACAACAUGUGACUGUGAAGACCACGCCCAACCACAAGUUUGUGUUUACAGUCAAGACCCACCACACUGUCGCACCUGGAACAAUCGCAUUUAGCCUGCCACAGCGGAAAUGGGCCGGUCUGUCUAUUGGCCAGGAGGUGGAAGUGUCAAACUACAACUUUGACAAGUCCAAGCAGUGCAUUGGCGCCAUGACUAUUGAAAUUGACUUCUUGCAGAAGAAGAGUACAGACUCCUCCCCAUAUGACUCCGACAAGAUGGCCGCCGAGUUCAUCCAACAGUUCAACAACCAGGGAUUCUCUGUCACCCAGCAGCUUGUGUUCAGUUUCUGCGACAAGCUCUUUGGCCUGGUGGUAAAGGACAUAGAGGCCAUGGAUGCCAGCAUCCUGAAGGGAGACCAAGCCUCUGGAAAGAAACCACAGAAGAUCGACAUCGGACUGAUGGUGGGAAACAGCCAAGUGAUUUUUGAGAAGGCAGAGAAUUCAUCGCUCACACUUGUCGGUAAGGCAAAGACCAAAGAGGCCCGGCAGACGAUCAUCAACCCAGACUGGAACUUUGAGAAGAUGGGCAUUGGAGGUCUGGACAAGGAAUUCUCGGACAUUUUCCGUCGAGCUUUUGCCUCCAGAGUGUUUCCUCCAGAUAUCGUAGAGCAGAUGGGUUGUAAGCAUGUCAAGGGUAUUUUGCUCUUUGGACCUCCAGGUUGCGGAAAAACAUUGAUGGCCAGGCAGAUUGGCAAAAUGCUCAAUGCUCGAGAACCAAAGGUCGUCAAUGGUCCUGAGAUCCUCAACAAGUAUGUAGGAGAAUCUGAGGCCAACAUCCGCAAAUUGUUUGCAGAAGCAGAGGAGGAGCAGAAGAGGCUGGGGGCAAACAGUGGCCUACAUAUCAUCAUUUUUGAUGAGCUGGAUGCUAUUUGUAAGCAGAGGGGAACGGGUGCCAGCAGCACGGGUGUGCACGAUACUGUGGUCAACCAGCUGCUGUCCAAGAUUGACGGUGUGGAGCAACUUAACAACAUCCUGGUUAUCGGUAUGACCAAUAGGCCUGACCUGAUUGAUGAUGCCCUUAUGAGGCCUGGCAGAUUUGAAGUAAAGAUGGAGAUUGGUCUGCCUGAUGAAAAGGGGCGUGUCCAGAUUCUGAACAUCCACACCAACAAAAUGCGAAGUUUCAACCUGCUUGCCGCUGAUGUCGACAUUAAGGAGCUGGCAUCUGAGACGAAAAACUACAGUGGUGCAGAGCUGGAGGGUCUGGUCAGGGCCGCCCAGUCUACUGCCAUGAACAGACACAUCAAGGCGACAUCUACAGUUGAGGUGGACAUGGAGCGGGCGGAGAAGUUACAGGUCACCAGAGAUGACUUCAUGGGAUCUCUCAAUAAUGACAUCAAACCUGCGUUUGGUACAAACCAAGAAGACUACUCCAGCUAUAUAAUGAAUGGCAUCAUCAAAUGGGGUGAUCCAGUUUCCCAUGUCCUGGAUGAUGGGGAGCUGCUGGUACAGCAAACCAAAAACAGCGAUCGCACACCACUGGUGACUGUGUUACUAGAAGGUCCACCACACAGUGGAAAGACAGCUUUGGCAGCAAAAAUUGCUGAAGACUCUCAGUUUCCCUUCAUUAAGAUCUGCUCCCCGGAUAAGAUGAUUGGACACUCUGAGAUCUCUAAGUGCCAAGCAAUCAAAAAGAUAUUUGAUGAUGCUUACAAAUCCCAGCUCAGCUGUGUGGUGGUGGACGACAUUGAGCGUCUGCUGGACUACGUCCCCAUCGGCCCCCGUUUCUCUAACCUGGUGCUUCAGGCUCUGCUGGUGCUGCUGAAGAAAACUCCACCCAAGGGUCGGAAGCUGCUUAUCGUUGGCACCACCAGUAGGAAGGAUGUCCUGCAGGAGAUGGAGAUGUUGGAUGCCUUCAGCACAACCAUCCACACCCCCAACAUCUCCACUGGAGAGCAGCUUGUUGAUGCUCUUGAGCUUUUGGGGAGCUUCACAGACAAAGAACGAGCCAGCAUUGCACAUCAACUCAAAGGAAAGCGUGUGUGGAUUGGCAUCAAGAAGCUUCUUGUGCUUAUCGAGAUGUCACUGCAGAUGGACCAGGACUACAGAGUGACCAAGUUCCUAACUCUGCUUAGAGAUGAGGGCGCUGAUCGCAGCUUCUACCAGUAGACGGGACAGAGACCAAAUGGAAUAAACUCAUCAGGCCACCGUGGGACAACAAAAUAAGGAAACAAGAUAAUCCUAUCAAUCCAACAGUGAUGAAUAUACCUAUAUGUAUGUAUACACUUGGUCAACGAGAUGAAUUCAGAUGUUGUCUGUAAGCAUGUUUCACUCGGCAGUAUGGAUAUAAUCACAGCGACCUUCAUUUUACUCAUCUGUAUCCUCAGCUCCAACAAUAUUCAACAACACUUGCUAACAUAUCAAAGAAAAGUACUGGAAGUUGUACUGUUAAAAAUAAACUGUUGUCUGUUAAGAAUUUGCAAUAGAUGAUUGAAAAAAGUGCUGUUUUGUGACUUGUGCACCAUUUUAAAAAGCCUAUGUUUUUAGCUUCAUGUAUAGAAUGUGAUGUAAUUGUUGCAUAUCUCCAGUCCUACAAGAUGUAAUUAUUGUUGGUACUGUAUGUGUAUUCACAAACACAACCAGUAUAAAGAGAAUAUGUACAAAACCACAGAAGCCAUUUGAAUAUUAGAAAUCUACGAAGCGCUGUCGGUAUUUAGUCUGUAAUAGCAAAAGGUUUCUAAGUGUAAAAUGUAAACCCUUUAAAUAUGUGUAAUUUGUUCAUGUUGUGUAAAUAGUAUAUAUAGACAAAAUGUAGAAUAUCAUAAGAGUCAUUUAAUUAUCAACGUCAGUAUGAGUGUGCAGAGGUGUGUACUUUAAACAAGUCUUGGAAUAGUGAAAGUAAAUGUUGGACUGUUGACUUAUUCCACUGUUUCGUUCUGUUCAGUCCAGCAAAUGUUGCUGUGGUAUCAUCAGUGUUUUUAAAAAAAAUACAUUUUUUGACUUGAAAGUAUUACAAACUAAUUGUUUCAGUGGUUCGUCACAGGAUUUUGAUUUUUAUGUCAGUCCAUGUGCUUGUGCAAAUGAAAUGUUGCAUGUCUGUAUGAGUGUGAAAGUAUGGAAAUUAAAAUGCACUUGAUUUUUUUGUGUGACUGUAUCUGGAUUCAGGUUUAGAGAAUUUGUGAUCGGUUAUUUAUUUAUUUAUUUUCAUGUCAUGUCAGUGUUUCUUAUUCUUUGUAUUGUUCACUGAGUUUUUGUGUAUAUAUCAACAUGGAGAUGUUUGAUUGCAAUAAAAAAUACAAAUGCACAGGAAAAAUAAACCAUCAGCUGCUUACUUG